GGUUCAUGUAGGGAUCUGUCUUUUUUCUGUUUUGAUUGACAAGACCUUUUUCUAUAUAUUUGAGCAAUUAAGCAGUCAGACCAAUAGCAGCAGGUAGAGAGGCUCACAGGAGUAAAUGUGAAAGUACUUCACAAGUGUCCUGCCAUUCCCUUUGCCAUUCUGAAAUCUUGAGUGCAAUUUUCAUCUCUGAAGAAGAGUGGAAGCUGACAAGGUGAGGUGAGAUGAGUGCCUUUAAGAUGAAGCUUAGCAGGUUGUCCUAGGGUGUUGUACUAUAUUGGUGAGAAAUUUGGAUCUGAAUUCUUUAACAAGAAUUUACAAAAUAUUUAUAAAAGCACACCCACCUCUAUUCUAUUUUGUCUAUCAGCCAAUAUCAAAGGUUUGACUCAUGUUCUUAGAGAGGACAUAGGGAAUAGAUAAAAAAAUUAUGAUGGCAGAAAUUUGCAAACUUCUAGUAUUCUAUUUUAAAUAUGUCUGGUUUGCAUCACAGAUUUUUAUUAAUUGGUGACAAAGUGCCAUAAUAGGUCAGAGAAAGUCCAAAUAGAAGGAUGUUAUUAAGGUAAAGAUCACUGAAAGGUGCUGAAUUUCAGAAGCAUAUUUAAGAGCUGUUAUUUACAAUAUGCAAACUGUAUGUAAUUAUUAAUAUUUUAAUUGUAUCACUAUUCUAUUAAGUUACCCAGCCUAUGAAACUUUCUUAAAGGACGUGCCUUCACUUUUACAUAAGUGCAAUGUUUUGUUUGAAAUUGUAUUUCUUCUUGUUAAUAACAGUCAUAAUGCUUGGGGAUUUUGGUCAUGAGAUUUGGAAUUGAAAAGGUCCUUAGAGAUCAUAGUUCAGUUCUUUCAAUUUGUAGAUGAGGGAUGUGAGAUUCAAAAAAGUUUAGUAAAUGAAGCCAUUAGAUAGUGGAAAGGAUAUUUCCUAAAUCCUCUAAUUCCAAAAACCAGUAAGCUUUCUAUUCCUUUAUAGCCAUUUGAAAGAUGUAAUAGACACCUCACUCUCUCUAAUUCACCAUCCAAGUGAGUCACGGCAGAAUUUCUGGUUGGAGAAAUUCUAGGAAUGAUUGGUGUCUAUGUUAACAGGAAGGUAGGAUCACACAUUAUUUCAUUGGGUAAAUUCCGGGAUCAUCUCCAAAUUGUCUGAUAGAUAAGCAAUGCACAUGGUAAGCAUGCAAAAUUUCCUCUCAUUCCAAGAUGCACAGCAUAGCUCCUCCUGUUGCUAAUAGACAUUUUAUGCUUAUUACUCUCAUGGGGCAGAAGAAUAGAGUAAGAAUGCAGUUUCACUUUUUAAUUAACCCAUUUGUCACUUUCUGUCUUUUUUUUUUUUUUUUUUGGAGGGCCAGCAUGAAGGUUGGACACAUUUUCUUGGGCUUGGUGCCCCUUCUCCUCACGAUUCAUUGCAUUUGGGCCUUUAACACUUCCAAAGGGGAUCUCCGAAAAUUUGUUGGUUGUGCUGUGAGGGAGUUCACUUUUUUGGCCAAGAAGCCGGGCUGUAAGGGGUUACGUAUUACUACUGAUGCCUGCUGGGGUCGCUGUGAGACUUGGGAGAAACCUAUCCUGGAUCCUCCCUACAUUGAAGCUCACCAUCAAGUCUGCACCUACAACGAGACCAAACAGGUGACCAUCAAGUUGCCCAGCUGUGCCCCAGGCGUUGACCCUUUCUACACAUACCCCAUGGCCAUACGGUGUGACUGUGGGGCAUGUUCUACUGCAACAACUGAAUGUGAGACUGUCUGAAAUUAUCACUGUUGUACACAGCUGCUCCCAAGAAACUAGCUGUUGAACCUUUAGCAUCACGAGUGUACUUAUAUAGGCAGUACUUCCAGCUACAUCUCUUGCAUCUCUUUGAUUCCAGAACUAUUUCUAUAUAAUUGAGCAUAUCACAGAGUAGAUACUGAAUGCCCCCUCCCCAGAGAUAGAUAUUUCAAAGAGAAAGAGUCUACAACUGAUAAAUAUGUAGGCCGAAAAUGCCAUUUACACUUUCAUAAAAAUAAAUGUUCAUUUCUUAUAUCUCAGAAUUGACAUUUAUUUAUAUCAAGCUUCUGAAACCUCCUAUUAUUUAAAUUUCCCAUCUGCCAAUAUUUAAAAUAUAUUGGAUAUAUUGAGGCAGUUGAACUAUAAUUGGCUAAAGUAAUAGAAUCACAUAAUUUUAAAAUUUGGAAGGAACUUCAGCAGCCAUUUAGUCCUACCUCUACCCAAAAGAAAUCUCCACUACAUGGACAAUGGUUAUCUAGCCUUUGCUUGAAGACUUCUGAUGAAAGAUGAAUUAAAUCUAUAAUGCUAUUUAAUCCUUGGCCAUCAAGUGUAUGGAAUUCUGAGAUAAUGGCUUCUAGAAAUGGCUGGAAGGGAAUGUGCUUUGUCCUUUAAGCUUUCUUUCUAACUCUAGGAAUGCUUGCCAUAAAGAUCAGAUGACAACAGAUGAAUUUAAAAAAUGAAAUUUAGCCAUACUCUAAAUCUCAAUUGGCUGGACUUUGGUGAACUGUUUCAUAAGCAAAAACCUCCUCAAUGUCCCUUUGACACUAUACAAUUGUAAAAUAUAUGCAGUUUUUGACUCUAGCCUUCAUUUGGGCAUAAAAAUUCAUGAAACUUAAACAUUAUUUUGCAGGUUUCUACCAAAGCUCUCAAAAAGUGUCCUUGAUUCAGUCACUGGAAUUAUUCUCUAUUAAACAUAUCUUUAAUUUAAACUCUAAUUUAUUAACCUCUUUAAUUUUGCAAAUAUUUGUAAAACUGUAUUGGCAGUUACACAGGAACAGCCUGUGAUAUGGGGAGGUUGCUGUCUCUCGCAACUCAGAAAAUAGUCAAUUUCUUCUCUCUUUUUCUACUAAUAAUGACAUAUAUCUGUCUUGAGUUACUUUGGGGAUUUGCUGGUUUACAUUUUAUCUUGCUGUUUUUCAAUAACUUGCUUAAGAACAAUAUAUUUUGAUGUUUAUAGAGCUUGUCCUCUGAUUUUUGAAAUUUAAUUCAAUAAUAACCCUCAGAUUCAUCUUUUUAGUUCUUAAUAAACUUGAACUUAUAGUGAGAAGUACUUCCUAAUUUGUACCCAAUGUUAAUUUUUCCUUUAUUGUUAAUUAUGUUUUAAAUCAUUUAAGCAUCUUAUAUAAGAAAUGUGUGAAAGAGUAUGGCAUAAUGUAUAGGGAGCCAUUCUUGGAGUCAAGAAGACGUCAUUUUUUACCUUUAAUACAUAGUUGAUCAUUUAAGUUCUUAGUACCCUAGGCAAUUCUUUAAGAUUCUACAUUGCAAAUAGUACACAUAUAGAUAAAAAGGAAUUUCUUAUACCAGUGAAGUCACAGGUCUGGUAGAAAAACAGAAUUAUAGGAGAUAUAGACAUUUUCCUUUUAAUCUCUAGCUAUAUUUUACAUCCAUUAAGAAGCUCUGGAGUAUCCUCCCUUCCCUUCUCACUCACUUCCCCCAAUAAGGGCCUUUAGAGAAGAGUGAGAACAGAAUCAUUUUGUUUCAUAAAGUGAUUCUAUAUGAUUGAGAUAUUUUUUCAAAUGUAAAUACCUACAUUUGCUACAGAUGAUGUGCUACUCCUCAUUUUUAGGUACUGAACCAUAUCUGUCCCUCCUUGUAUGAGUUUAGUCUAUGUCCUUUCAUAAAUAAGAGGACCUCCCAACAUUAUGGAGGUCUGUUUCUAGUUCUCUUGACACUGAUGUAGGUAUAAAAAUUAUAGGAAACAUUUGUCAGUCAGUGCUUACUAUCUGCCAGGCACUAUGGAUACAAAGAAAGGUAAAAAAAAAUGUUCCCUGUUCUCAAGGAACUCUCAGUCUUAUUGGGGGGAAGGGACACAACAUAUACAAACAAAAUAUAUACAAAAUAAAUUGGACAUUAGCAACAGAAAAGGAGGGUGCUAGUAUUAAAGGGACUGGGAAAGACUGAUUAUAGAAGGUUUAAAUUAUGCUGAAACCUGAAGGAAGCCAGGGAAGCUAAGAGUAAUAGAUGAGGGGUGAGAGUGUGACAGUCUUGGGGAAAGGCUAGUAAAAAUUUUCAGUUUGGAGAUGGGUUGUCUUAUCUGAAGGACAACAGGGUGACUCCUAGAUCACAAUAAGUGAGGAGAGCGGGGAGGAUUAGGGUGUAACAAGACUAAAAAGAAAGGGGCAAGGUUAUAAAGGGCUUUAAAAACCAAAGAGAAGAUCUGGUAAUAAGGAAUUACUAGAAUUUCUUGUGUUGUGUGAUAUAAUCAGACUUGUAAAAUAGGAAGGUCAUUUUGAUAAUUAAGUGGAAGAUGAAUUGGAAACAGAAAGACUUGUGACGGAGAGUUAAUCAACAUUCUAUCCUUAAGAAGUAUAGAUGUUACUUGGUAGGGUUGUGUCCUGAGUGAACAGGACACAAUACAGUAAUCAAUACUAUUGAUUAGGGCAAAAUAAAAUGAAAUGGAUAAGAGGAACCUCAAUGGGAGUAAUUAAAGAGGAAAGAAGUUUCAGAUCUUUAAAUAAUUUUAAAGACCAAAAAAUAACACUGAAUGAAGAAAAUUGAAGAGAAGAGAGGAAAAAAAGAGAAAGUACCGUCUGAGUGUUUUAAUAUUUAAAAGUUUUUAAUAUUUAAAAUAUUUAAAACACCCCUCAAUCAGAUGGCAUAGCCCAUUAUUGAUAAGAGAAUCUGCAAUAGUCAUUAAAUAAGUAUUUAUCAAGCACUCACAAGCCUUCUACAAGUCUUUAGAAGCCAUAUAUUUAAAUAUAGACAGUCAGUCCUGGCCCUCAUAGAGCUUAGAAUAUCUCAGAAGUAGAAAAAAAUUCCAUUUAUUAAACAAUUAGAUUUCUGGUAACCUUAUCUAUAAUGAAAUAUCACCCCAAUCCUGAAAGCAAUUUUAAAAGAUUUCUGAGUGAAAAGAAUCAUAUGAUUAUAGUAUUAGAGGUGGGAAGGAACACAGAAGAUUUUCUAGAUGAAAUUUUGAUGAAAUUUCUAGAUGAAAUUUUCUAUUUUGUAGAUGAGGAAAUAUAGGUAUUUAGAGUUGAAGUCACUUGCUAAAAAGGUCACAUAAUCAUAGCUGAGAAAAUAGCUGUCACAAAGUCCUUGCACUUUAUAUAUACAAGAAUCAAAAACUGACUUCAAAUCCCUUUCAUAUAAUUAUAUGUAUAAUAGAGCAGCAAUAGUUUGAAUGAGGGAUGCAAUGAAGUAGUUGAAAUAUUUGAAUUUGUACUGGAUAUUUCUAAUAGGCUAGAAACAGUGAUUAUAUUUUAUGUAAUUAUAUCUUAAAUGUGUACAAAUUUAUAUGCAUGUAACCAUUUCAUGGAAUUCAUUAUUCACACUAAUUGGGACUUUAUAUAUGGACAAAAGGCUGUAUAAGCCUCAAUAGCCUUUGAGGUCAUUAUGGUAUUAUAGUAUACUAUAAGAGCUAGAAAGAGACUUGAAGUUCCUUUGACUUUGAAGGUCUUGAUUAAGAUUCCUUAACAGGGACCUUAACAAACUUUUACUUUAUGAACAAGGAAACUGAUGCCUAAAGCAGUUAAAUGACUUCCUCACACAAAUAAUAAGUAGUAGAGUAAGAGUUUAAAAUUGAUGUUCCUUUCUCUGAAUCUAGUAUUUCUAGUUAAACCAAGAAAUAAUAAACUCCACAUCAUCAAGAAAAGAUUAAUUUAGAUUCAGCAUAGUGUUAAACAGGGAAAGGAAAUGUAUUUAGAAAGAUUUUCUUCAGAAAUAAUUAAAAUGAAGUUUUGAUCUUAAAGGGACAAACUUUUAACUAUCUGGAAUAUUCAGGUUUAAGGCAAACUGUUUUAUAUCAAGGACUGCAUGUCACCUUAUUAAAAGAGGAUACAUACUCAUCCUUUGAUUAGGUACAGGCUCACAGCUCCUAAUUGGCAGGCUACAGAGAAAUACUCUCUGCUUUCUAGGGCUUUAAUGUGAUAAUCCUAUUUGUUCUUCCAGGGACCCAUUAUCAGAAUUAACUACUUAAAUUUGCAAAAGUAACUUCAGGUUUAAGCCUGAUCCUGAGUGGGUGAUUUUUUUUUUCUUAGCAUGUUGAAUAAUUAGUGGCAAAGAAAAUAAGGUCUCCUUGUUCAAAGAAUAAGUGUUAUACUUUGGAUUUGGCCCUGACCAUUAUAAAAGUCAGGUGAUCUUAUUAUUAUUAUUCUAAUAGUAUAUUGAAAGAAAAUAUCUUUUUUAUUUACAAGAGAUAUAAAGAUAAAAACAGUAAAAAGUGAAUUGAUUCAUAUUUAUUUUUUCCCACUCGUUCUAAUAAAUAGUUUAGUUUAUAACAAUAUGGAUGGAAGUGAUGAGGGGAGUCAUUGAUUUUUUAAUUUCCUAGUCAAUAUGAUGUGAUUACAAGGGAUGACCCUUUAGAGACAUUUAAAAGACACCUCUCUAUGGAAUGUGGGUAUAACUAUUAGCACAUUGUUAAAAGGAAAUGGUAAUUUCAAGAUGAUUGAUUGACUAUCAAUGAUCAGACUUUCAUUGGAAGAGCUAUUCUUUCCUGAGUUGUAUAAAAGUAAGAUCAAUUCUGCCAUUUUUUCUCUUUCAUUCAAGGAUUUUGAAAAGACAGAGCAGCAUACUAUGAAUUGGACCUAUCCUCAUAAACAGUUUCCUUUUCCAACCCCAGAGAUGUUGAUGGCAACUUAUGGUUGAAACACAUGGCAGAGGUAUGUGUGUACUUGUAUAUGAUCUGAAAAAAAACAUGAACAAUAUUUGUGAACCCCAACUCCUGAGGAGUGAGGGAAAAUUUUGAAAUUUUUAAAUAACAUGAUUCUAUAAUUUAGCCUUAUGGCCAGAGAAGGGAGAUUUCCUGGAUAGCAAAAACUUACAUGGAUCCUGUCUAUUGUCCUACCUAGGAAGGUCCAAAGGGAAGGGGAUUGCUUGAUCAGCAGCUCCCUGGAGGGAGGUACUAGGAAUCUUGGGGUAUAUAAACAUCUGGGAACAAGAGGCUCAUUAGAAUGUUAAAGAAUUGUGGCCCUUAUGCCAAUCUCAAGUUUGGUUCAUUAUUGGGGAAAAAUGAGCUUUUUGAAUACUCUAUUUUUUUUCUCUAUAGACUUCUUUAACUAAAUUUUACCUUUUGAAUUUUCCUGUUAGGAGAAAUAAAGGGUGUCUUAUACCUGACAAAUUUAGUAUGUUAAAAUACUAAAAGUACUUGAGAACUAAAUGAGGCAGUUUUUCUACUCAUAUUUGAAAAAACCUAGAUGUGAUCUAUACCAUGUUACUAUAGGUUAUGGUGGAAAGAAUGAAAGAUUUGGUCUUAGAGGACCUGUGUUCAAUUCUGUGAUUUUCUAAGUCACUUAACAUCCUAGGGCAUCAACUUCUUGACUUAUAAAGUGAGGGAACUGGACAAAAUGGCCUCUGAUGUUCUUUUAGGCUUUAUAUAUAUGAUCACAAAUCAAAGUAGAAUUACUGAAAAAUGAAGGAUUAAAAAAUCAAGACUCAAAAGGCAAAGGCAAUUUUAGAGACAAUUUAGGGGUAAAACCAAAUGGGGACCGAAAAUAUAAUUGGGUUAUUUUGAAAAUGUGUUUUUUUUUUUGCCACAGUGUGAAGAAGAGAUAAUUAGCAAAAGCUACCUCCAAAACAACUAACUUUCUUCUGAGAUUUGUUUAUUUUAUAACAUGAGGGCAAAUUUUGCAAAAAUACAGGCCAACAGGGCCUUUUCUGAUAUUAUUUUUGUAAAUUCAUGUUUGUUUUUUAGUAUUCUUUGUUUUCAAAAGAUGGUGAAGAUAAAUUCUCCAAUGUUAUUUUAACUCUGAAGUCAGAACCCUGUUAGUGAGUUGAUGUCUGAUUCAUUGUUGUAAAUUAAUAUUUCUUAGGGUUCUGUCUCUUGAUUUACAUUCUCCUCUCUGAAUGACACAAUUUAUAGGAUCUCAUAACAAAGUUCUACUUACUACUCAAAUUUAAUUAGGUUUUUCAUGUAAUCAAAAGUAUCUCAGAGGUGAAACAAAUGAACUGAGAGCACUUAACUGAAAAUAAUGAAGCAUUAUAAAAUAAAGUAUAUUCCAUUACAUUUUCCAUUAAGUUUUCCAGCUGUACAGAAUAACUUCUCAUUAACCCAGGAAAAUCUUUCAUCAAGAUGAUAUGCAUUGCUUUUUUUUUCCAGCUUCUUUAAGUCAAGUAUUAAGUGGUCACUUUUAUAUCAACCAUAUCUUGUUAAAGACAGUUCUUUUUUAUCCUGAAAGUUUAAUCAAUAAAAAGUAUUUGUUGGGUUAAGAAAUUAGUAAAAUUUUAAUUCUUAGAACUGUUGAAUCUCAACACGGGGAAAGUAAUUAUUCACUAGGAUGAUUAUUAUAUGGAAACCCCAAAUAUGGUUAAGGAAAUCUGGGUUCUUCUAUAAGUGCUUAAUGGAAGAACUGGUUGACUUGGCAUUCACUCUGGUAUAGACAUACAGAAAGAUGUUCUUAAUAUAUUAAAUGCUUUUGAUUAUUCCAAUAGUGGAAGAUGUGGGAAAAUUUGAAGAGAAUAAUGAGUAAUUAAAGGCUAUAGGCAAAAAAGAAACCAGAAAGAGAAUGUAAGAGCUAGGAGGAGCAGGGGCAUGGCCCCAUAAUUGUUAUUCUAUAAGAAAACCAUUCUCUAAUUUUAAGAAGUUCUCAGUGAAGAUCUGGUUAUUUCUGUUGUAUUUCAACUGGGCAGAGUCAAUAACUGUUAAUGAUUAAGUAAAUGUUGCAUUGGGGUACAGUAAGCCCUAUGUAGGAGAGAAGCAAAUUAAGCAGAUUGGAUUGUAAAAAGCACCAAAAUCCCAAAGGUUGAGACUAGCCACUUACAAUCCAAUUUAAUCCCCCAAGUAUUUAUUAAGUGCCUGCUAAAUACCUGGUGCCAGGUGCUAAGGAUAUAAAGAUGAUAUGAAAAAUAAUCACACAUUAACAUGUAAUAAAAAACCCAAAAAAUAAAGACUAUUGAACCUAAACUAAAAAAAAAUCAACCUAAAAUAUGUGCAAAGGAGGAAAUUUUGAAAACGAGAGGGGAAAUAGAUAAAUUGGAAACAUCAAAAAAGCUGAAGAACUGACAAAAUUAAAAGUCAGUUCUUUGAAAAGAAGAGAGAGAAAAUGCAAAGUAAUAAAUUUAAAAAUGAUUAGGGCCCAAUUAUAGAACACACAAAAGAAAUAAACAGAAUUUUUCGAAUCUACAGUUACAAACCAACCAAACUGAGUACUCAAAAGAAAUAGAUUGUACUAAAAAAUACUUAGAUUAACAAAUCACCAAAUGGAAAUCUUAAUCCAAUGUUCGAAAAGGAAAUUGAACUUGCCAUAAAGGAGCUACCAAAGGAGAAUGAAUUUAUCUAGGUGGGUGAUACAGAUUAAUUUACAAAAGAAUUCUACUAAACUUUUAAAGAAAAAUGAACACUGAUACUGUUCUAAUUAUUCAUAAGAAUUAAGAAGGAAUUCUCUACCAAAUUUCUUAUAUGGGACAAAUAUAAUACUAAUAAUUAAACCAGGGAAAGGUAAUACAAAAAAAGAUAGCUCUAGACCAAUAGAGCUAACAAAUAUAAAUUCAAAAUUUCAAAAUAAAAUCUUGGCAAAAAAGACUUCACCAAUUUACAAAGUCAGUCACUCAUUAUGGUUAAAUUGGAUUUGUAUGAGGGAUGCUAUGAUAGUUGAACAGAAAAGCAAUGAAUAUAAUCAU